UUCAAAGGCACAGGAGUCAAGUUGACUUACUUAUCAGUUCAUACGUUUACACUGUGGAACGAAGGCAAACUAUAAGUAUACCAGCUUGAAUCGACCGUUCACCAGAUAAACGAAACAACUAUUUCAUCUCACGGGUCUCAAAGGAUCUUUGCGUUUUGUACAAAACUAUCGUUGAAGUGUAAUGGCACAACUGUUAUAUUCAUUUGGAACCAACGAUGACGUCGUACGAACAUGAAAGAAGCCUAUAAGUCGACGCAGAUGUAGAUAUUUAUUGACGUAUUAUUGUUGCAAAACAUGACCAUAGACCUGAGGCUGCAAAACAUCUUAAAAACAUAAGAUGACUCAGCAUUUCAUUUGGAGAAAGAUUCGACUAUUUCGAUGAUUGGAAAGUUAAACGACAAAGGUAGAUCACUUUAUCCCAAGAGAGACGAGGUCAUGUCGGAUCGUGAAAUCAGAAAACGGUCGAACAGGAGUUCAAAUGUCAGCAGGUCUUCCCAGUCAAUAUUUGGAAUAUCCAAAAUGUUUGUUAUUAUAUUGUUGCAGACGACAUUUUACGCAACCGGGAAUUUUGCAUUGCAGACGAAUUUAAACACGCAGUGUCCAGAGAAAUGCCAAUGUACAGAACCAAUUGAAAAUAUAACUUGCUCAAAUUUAUUAACCUUACCAGGAUUUCCUGCAACAACAAAGUCUCUAACACUUAUCAAAUGCCAAGUUUCUACGUUAUUUAACGAUAGUUUUGCCAAUCUUACUUUAUUGGAGACUCUUACUUUGAACUCAGACUCAGUGCGUAUAAACACCAACGCUUUCAAUGGGCUUACACGUCUCCGAUCUCUCACCAUCUAUGAUACUACUGUACACUUUGAUAACAAAGCUGAUGUGUUUGAACCACUGCAAAAUAUUACAACUCUAGUCUUGAGAAACAUAGGUCUUAAUGCACCAAUUCCACGAUUGGGUAAUGUACAAGGAAAUGCUUAUGUCUCCGAUCUCAAAAUAAUCGUUACACACCUCAGAAGUAUAGAAUAUUUAGAUGUCAGCCAUAACCUUUUGGGAUAUUCCGAAGCUGAAAUGCAGGAGCAUUUUCUUAACUUAAAAGUCCUGAAAAUUCAACACAAUAACUUUGAUAGUUUUGACACUGGUUUACUUGGCUACAACAAGUCAUUCAAACUAGAAGAAUUAGACAUUAGCGACACGUUUCGCAAUUUCUAUCCUACAAAAUAUCUUGAAGGAUUGAAACAUUUUAAAAAACUUAAAAUACUAUAUCUUAACGGUAAUACAAUAAAGAAUCUAAAAGACGACACUUUCAGCCAAUUUAAAAGUAUCGAGCAGCUUUCGUUAGUCGACUGCCAUAUUGAAAAUUCAUCUAUUCGUGCAUUUGCAAGUCUGUCGAAUUUGACAUCCUUAGAUGUGAGCAACAACCCGGCCUUAAACUUGACUCAGGUUAGCCGUAUGUUGUUUGGACUGACUAAUUCAAAGAUUAUGAAUUUAACCAUCCAGAAAUCUAGUUUUAAAGAGCUCAACUCUUCAUUAUUGCAGUAUGCUAAGGGAACAAAACAAUUCAAAAUGUUAGACCUUUCUAGUGGUGCCAUCACAAUCGUCAAGGCGAAAUCUUUUUCUCAGCAUCAAACUUUAACAUAUCUAGACCUAUCACAUAAUAAAAUUACCAAGAUAGAACAAAAUGCUUUCCAGAAUCUGGAAAAACUUGAAACGCUGAAACUUGAUGGGAACAAAUUAGUUUCCCUCCAUAAAUACAUAUUCAGUACCCUUGCAAGUUUGAGAAGUUUAACAAUUUCUAACAAUCUCAUCAGGGUUGUUGACGAAGCCGUAUUAACAGAUCAGAAAGAACUGAUAACAUUGUCUCUACAAGAAAAUGUAAUAUCAACACUUCCCGAUAAAAUCUUCCAAAGUCUUUCUCAACUCCGAUUCCUAGAUCUAAAGCAAGCCACUAGUCGGAGUCCCAGCGAUCACACAUCAUGGCCGAGAGUUUUAGGGAGUUUAUACUCAUUAAGGACUCUGAAUUUAAUGGACAAUGACAUAGUUGAUAUCCCCUUUGGCAGUUUCAAUGCACUGUCCAAUAUUACCCAGUUGGACUUAAGGAGGAAUAAAAUAUCACAUCUUGAUGACCACGUAUUUGAAUCGAUCUCUAAUGUGAAGCAACUGAUCCUCCACGGAAAUCAAUUCGAGAGCCUGAACAGAAGUGGCAUCGCCAAGCUCACGUCGCUCAAAGAGCUGGAUAUUUCAUUGAACCCAUUCCACUGUGACUGUAACAUGGCUUGGUUCAGUGACUGGUACAUUCACAGUAAUGUGACGCUCUUUAACGUUUCGAUAACACAUUGUACGUCGCCAGAAUCGCGUGUAGGCUUUUUACUUGUGGAGUACUCCCCUAGUUUAGAGGAAUGUCCCCUAGCGCAACAGCUGCGGAAUAACACUGGGUUUUAUGUUGGGAUCGCCGUAGCUGUGGUAGGAGUUGUGAUUAUACUAAGUAUUCUGGCUUGGGCGUACAGAGGCUCGAUCAGAACUACAAUACAACGUUACGUACAAGUGAACACAGGGGCACCACCAACUCCAUCAUUCCCCGGUGAAACGAUUGCUCUCACAUCAAAUGAGAGUGAAGCAUAGCAGAAUUCCAAACUGUACAUACUUAACAAAAACGUUAUUCUUUUCAUUUAAGUUACGACUUACAUGUAGUAUGCAAGUCAAAGUAAAUGACAACUAUAUUAUUACAUUUGGGAUCCGUAAUGCCCAGUGAACUAUACAUACGAAAAUAAGUAUUUUAUUUGUAUGUGUAAACUAAAUUGUGAGUAUUAAAUAUACCUGAUAAAUGCCUUUGUAAGGUCUGGGUAUAUCAUUCAAAUAUGACUAACGUA